CAACGGCCAGUUGCUAAAGGAAAAAGCCAACCGCUUCCGUGUUGUUCUUGUGUUAUUCUGGCAAAACAGUUCUUAUAGCGGCCGGAGCUGAUCUGACAGCCUACCGUAGGGCCUUUUAUCAUGGUUAUGUGAAGCUUGGAGAUAUUUUUAGCUCACUUUUUCCAAAAUGUCGUUGCUGCAGGGCUCCAAGAAGAAAGACAAGCGCAUUCUGUGCGGUACCUGCCCGGAUCCAAAAUGCCAGGCGCGGCUCUUCUUCCCCGCUCAUGGCUCCAUCAGCAUCGAGUGUACGGAAUGCGGCCAGCGGCACGAUCAGAGCGGCCUGCUGAACGUGGAGGAGGUCACCGACCCGGACGUGGUGCUCCACAACCUGCUCAGAAACGCCCUGCUCGGCGUCACCGGGGCCCCGAAGAAGGGAACCGAGCUGGUGAAGGUGAUGGGCCUCUCCAACUACCACUGCAAGCUGCUGUCCCCGGUGCUGACCCGCUACGGCAUGGACAAACAGACCGGUAAGGCCAAACUGCUGAAUGACAUGAACCAAGGGGAGAUCUUUGACUGCUCCCUGCUGGGGGACCGUGCCUUCCUGAUAGAGCCGGACCAUGUAGGCACCAUGGGUUAUGGCAAAGACCGCUCAGGGAGCCUGAUCUACCUCCAUGACACCCUGGAGGAGAUCAAGAAGGCCAAUGGAAACAGAGAGUGUCUUAUUCCGGUUCACGUGGACGGAGAUGGACACUGUCUGGUCCACGCCGUUUCCAGAGCACUGGUGGGAAGGGAGCUUUUCUGGCAUGCGCUGAGAGAAAACCUUAAGCAGAACUUCAAGCAGAACCUGGACCGCUACAAGAACCUUUUCCAGGACUUCAUCGAUGCUGCAGAGUGGGAGGACAUCAUCAACGAGUGCGACCCCCUGUUCAUCCCUCCUGAAGGAGUCCCCCUGGGACUGCGAAACAUCCACAUAUUUGGCCUGGCCAACGUCCUCCACCGGCCGAUCGUCCUGCUGGAUUCCAUGAGCGGGAUGAGGAGCUCUGGAGACUAUUCAGCCACCUUCUUACCUGGGCUUGUACCCGAGGAGCAGUGCAAAGGGAAAGACGGGAAGCUAAACAAACCCAUCUGCAUCGCCUGGAGCAGCUCAGGCAGAAACCACUAUGUUCCUCUGGUGGGAAUCAAGAACACCGUCCUCCCCAAGCUGCCACCUCGCAUGCUGCCCAAAGCCUGGGGCGUCCCUCAGGAGCUCAUCAGGAAGUACAUCAAGCUGGAGCCGGACGGGAGCUGUGUGAUCGGGGGCGACCGCAGCCUGCAGGAUAAAUACCUGCUGAGGCUGGUGAACGCCAUGGAGGAGGUGUUCAUGGAGAAGCACAGCAUCCACCCUUCAUUAGUUGCUGACGUACACCAGUACGUAUACAGGCGCACUGGAGUGAUCGGCGUCCAACCCGAGGAGGUGACGGAAGCGGCCAAGAAAUCUGUGAUGGAGAACCGUCUGCACCGCUGUCUGAUCUGUGGCGCUCUCUCUGAGCUCCACGUCCCGUCUGAGUGGCUGCUUCCUGGAGGGAAGCUCUACAACUUGGCUAAAUCCACACAUGGACAGCUGCGGCCGGACAAGAACUACAGCUUCCCCCUCAGCAACGUGGUCUGCUCCUACGACCCCCAGAGGGACGUCCUGGUCCCCGACUACAAACUGAGUUCCCUGAACACUUGCAACUGGUGUCACGGGACAUCGGUGCGGCACAUCCGCGGCAAUGGGUCGGUGGUAUACCUGGACGGGGACAGAACCAACACCCGGUCCCAGGGUGGGAAGUGUGGCUGUGGCUUUAAGCAUUACUGGGAGGGGAAGGAAUACGACAACCUGCCUGAAGCGUUCCCCAUCACUUUGGAGUGGGGGGGUCGGGUGGUGCGUGAGACGGUGUACUGGUUCCAGUAUGAGAUGGACCCGACACUAAACAGUAACGUCUACGACGUCGCCAUGAAGCUGGUCACCAAGCACUUUCCGGGAGAGUUCGGCAGCGAGAUCCUAGUGCAGAAGGUGGUCAACACCAUCCUGCACCACACGGCCAAGAAGAACCCUGACGAGUACAACCCGGUUUCUAUCGACGGGGCCCACGCCCAGCGUCUUGACGACGUGGAGACUCAGCCUGCGGCGGACCCGCAGCUGCCCACAAAGAUCAUCCUGACUGGUCAGAAAGCCAAGACGCUCCACAAGGAGGAGCUAACAAUGAGCCGGGCAGAGCGCAACAUCCAGCAGAGCAUCAGUGAGCAGGCCUUCGUCACUCAGAAGAGACGGACUGACAAACUGAAAAACGAGCAGAAAGGACAAGGCCGGUCAACUUCCCCCGGCGGCUCUCCAGAAACCUCCUCCUCCUCAGCUCCCGCCACCCCCACUAAAACCUCCUCCCCUUCCUCCUCCUCCAACAAGGAGAAGAAGAUCCGAGUGACCACCAGCGACGGCAGGCAGGCUAUGCUCACCCUGCCGGCCCACACCACCUUCUCAGACCUGCAGAGGAGCAUCUCCAACCAGCUGGACGUUCCGCCAGUGCAGCAGUGCAUUCGCUAUGGCUUUCCCCCCAAAGAGCUGCUUCCACCAAAGGAUGGCGAUGAGAAUGAGCCGGUGUCCCUGCAGCAUGGGGACCGGGUCACGGUGGAAAUACUGAGGGCCCCCGACGACAGGGGCCAGGGGGCCUCCAUAACCAGGGCGUCCAGCUCACACUCCGGCCUGCACUCGGUGAAAACCAACGACGCUGUGACGUCCAGCAGGAUGAGCAACCGGGAAAUCCAGGAGAGCAUAGACCUGGAGAUGUCCUCCCUCUGUCUCCUAGCAACCUUGAUGAGUGAGGACGUUUGGUCGUAUGCAAAGAAGCUCCCACACCUAUUCCAGCAGGGCGGCGUCUUCUACAAUAUUGUCAAGAAAGACAUGGGGUUGAUGGACGGGAAGCACUGCACGUUGCCUCACCUGACGGGGAAAACAUUUGUUUUUAACGCCGCAGAGGAGCGUCUGGAGCUCUGCGUGGAUGCCGCUGGUCACUUUCCUGUCGGCCCCGAUGUGGAGGAGCUCGUGAGGGAGGCCGUGGCGCAGCUGCGCUCCGAGGCGGUCUCUAGAGGCAGCAGAGAGGGGAGUCCGUCCCACAGUAUCCUGCGGCUGGGGAGCGGAGGAGUCGUACGGAAGAAGGAACAGCUUCAGAGCGUCACCGCCUUCCAGGGUAAAGGUCACUCUCUGGGGAGCGCCGGGGGCUCCUCCCCUCCAGAGCAUCGGCCAAUCACACGGCAGCACAGUAGUGGCGUAGACCUGAGUGCCAGUGUUUCCAGAGGACCCCCGGACCUGUCGGACAUUCCUGAGGACGCCACCAGAGAGCUGGUGCGCAUGGCCCCUGGCUUCGUCACCACCAAGGACGGCCGCGCCCUUGACCCCAGCCUGAUGGAGCAGCAGCGCCGGAAGCUGCAGGAAAUGGUCUCCUCAAUCCAGGCCUCAAUGGAGCGCCAUCUGAAGGAGCAGCAAAGUGCCGCUGUGGGCGGAGCCAGUCAGGAGCGAACUGGUGGGACCAACAGUGGCGCUGGUCAGCUGCCCUCCACUGCGGCUCACCAACCCACCGCUGCAGCGGGCAAACUGGAAGACAAGGUGGGGGAACCAGAGGAGAUGGAGAGCCAGGACGCUGGACAGAGCACUUCCAGCGAACCCAUGGACCACUCCUGAUUGGCCCUGAGCUGCAGCACCGCUUCCACCCCGCCUGACCGCCAUCUGUGGGUCUUAGUGCCUCAGGUCGGACCCCAAAGCUUAGGUCUUCAUAACGUUGCAUUGUCUUUACUGCAUGACUGAAGAGCGAGCUGAGCACCCUGCUGCCGGGGCAACAGUGGAGGCAGUGAUAUAUCGGGACGAUCCCUCUGCGAUACAUCGUGAUUCUGUCGCAGCCCUAAUUGUAUGUUCCCUCUGGUGACGUUCAUCUCAGAUGCAGGAAAUAAAUCCAUAAUUAAAAGGGAUUUAUUUGCUCCUUCAGCGAGAGUUUUCCCCUUCAGUUGAUGAUGUAUCGUAGAAGACAGGCUUGCAGUAUAUCCAAGUCCGGCGGCAGGAUUGUAUAUUCAGCCUUCUUAGCCUCACGUGCAGACUCCGAAUCUUCCUGCUUUAAACGUGCACAGAUAAUAGAGGAGAGAGAUAGGUCAGAUCAUAGAGCAGGUCACUUCCUGUUUAUACAGGAAGGAUUAAUCUCUGCAGACCUGCACCAAAUGUAUGCCCUGCAUAUUCGCUUCCAUUCAUGUUCAUUAUCUGACAAAUGCACCUGCCUCUAUACACAUCUACAGCCUUCACUGAAAUUUUCUCCCCACCCCACCAUCUGUCUGGAAAAUUAAUACUUGGUCUGUUUUAAUCAUUUAAGGAGUUGUGUUUCUGCCAUGUAAAACCAUCAAGCUGUGCCGCCUACAGGCAGGGCGCAGUAACUACAGAGGUUUAGUGAGCUCGGACCUCAAAGUGAGCUUUAGAUUUCUGCUGAACCUGACAUCAGCUCUGAGCAGAUAGUCAGAGAUGCAGGCGAGUGACUAAUUAUAGUAAACCAGGAAAUUGAAGUCUGAUCCAGAAUGUUUCUGUAAAACUGCUCCACAUUUGAUUUAUCUGUGCUGCAGUUAGCAAUACAAAGCGAUAACAAUAUGGUUCUCUACAUUUUUAUGCUCUCAAACACUAAAGGCACAUGUUCACAUACAGAUAUUAUACAGUGCCACAUAUUUUAUAUCAGAAAAAUAAAUCGAUAAAAGAAGAAGCUAAGAAGCCAUAUUGGAUACUGACUGUCAGGGUAAUCUGUCAAGCUCUGACUUUUCAAAGUGAAAUUCUAUUAUUUAGUGACAUUGUUGUAAUUUUCCUCCCUAGAAACUUGAAAAAUCCAACUUUUCUUAGCACUAACACUCAGUUCUGACUUGAGGUCUGCACUAUGCUUAACAGAAAGUUUUGGGCCAACAAAACUAAAUCUUAAAAGGAAAUGUUUCUGUGUGGAGAAGCAGACUUUAUUCCAUCCACAUUUCCACGUUUUUUUCCGCGGUGAACUGAGAGUGAUGAACGUUAUCAGUCUUAAACUAUAAGUUAAGAGGUGGAUCCACGUCUGAGCAUGCCUGCAGGAUGCAGAGGAUGUUUUUUAUGCCUUUCCUUUAAUUCAUCACUUGUCUGUUGAAUGUUUUAUAAAACUAAAACAUCCUAACAGUGAGUUACCAAAGAUUGCAGUGAGUAACAUUUUCUGAACGGCCUCAAACAGACGAGGUGGGCUCAGUUUGUCUGAUGAAGGUGAUGCGGAUCAGGAAGCAGACUGUAGUUCUUAGGACAGUGAUGGCACCUCUUGACCUGAAGAUGUGUCUGUUUACACUAAUAUGAAGCUGCAGCUUGCAACCUGACAGUUUUUUUUCUAAAUUCCUAAAAGCCCAUAAAACAGAUUUUAGUAUUUUGUAAUUAAUCCUUUACAUCUAAAAUGACUCUAUUGUUUGAGGGCCACACCCCCAGUUGCCAAAAUAAGAAAUCUGCCAAACAGAAAUUUGUUUACCAUUUAAGAUGAGGGGCAGCUAAGCUCUGGGAAAAUAAAUACCCCCCCCUUGUGGAUAAAAUACCUAAAUGCAACUUUUUAUUACUGGAAGAUAUUUUAUAAAUUAAAUUUAUGUCAAAUGAAUUAAAUCUUAGGUACAAGCAAGAUGUUAAAUAGACGCUUCUUAAUAGGACAUGAUUUUUGGUUACUUUUGUGGAUUUUUGUAAAAGUUUUAUAGUUUUUUUGCUUUGUCUCAUUUUUAAUACUCUUGUUAAAUAUGAACAUAAGUUUGUUUUCUGGGCUCUUAAAGCUGCUGCUGCAGGUCGUGAGUAGAGCUGCAUCUCACAUCCUAUCUUGACAUUCAUGUAAAGUUCUGCUUCACUUCCAGUUUAAACAGCAGCCAAAGAAAGAAAUUAGAUUAAAGCUUUUCAGAUUUAUGCUAUAAUUUACCAUCAUUUUAACCUAAUUACCAAAAAAUAAAAAAUAAAAAUACAAAGCUGAAUUUUACUGUCAGAUUAAUGGGUAAACCAAUCAGUAUGUUGCAUGGAGGCACAUUAACAAAAUUUCAGUGAUAUUUUUGGGAACCUUUAAUCUGUUUUGUUUUCUAUGUGAAACUGAGUUUUUGUUCUCACAUUUAAUGGUUCAGAUCAGUGUUUUGGUCUGAACAUCUUGGUCACUUUAAGAACUGGUUUGGUAACAGAGUCGAACAAGCCAGAACCGAUCAGAAUAAACCUUUUCUCAGGCGCAACCUGAGCUCUGGGUUUUCAACCUGCUGGAGCUGCUUUAGCAUCAGAACACCUUAAGGUCCAAAGGAUCACAGCUGGAAGAACUCCUAGAAUCUGUCUCAUAGAGAAAACUAUCAAUUUCAGUGAAAUCUCACAAAUUUUCUUCUCGUUUCUGCUUUACAGAAACUCAUAAAAUGCCUAAAGUUCAGUAUAGUUUUUGUUUGUUAAGCACAGAGUGAUUUUGAGCUCUUCAGCCCUUAUAAAUAUUCAGCAGACUUUUUUCACAUUGAUUUUACUGCUUACAUAAAACUAGAAUGCAUCUUAUUUUCAUCAAGCUGGUAUAACAUUGUGUUCCUGUUUUAUUUGCCAUGUUUUCCUCCAUAUUUUAACCUCUCCGAUGCUCAGGUUUGAUUUGUGUGGAUGUUGAUUUUAUUUUUUUGUAUGUUUUCUUUACCCAGAAGAAAACUCCAGCAUAAAAAAAUGUUAUAACACUAUGAUUGUUCACCUGUAAAUGAGAAACAAUGGAAGUUUCAAAUUCCCUCUUUAACAGGGAACAUUAGUCUUUAGCUGCCAAUGAACAGCAUCUUCCAUGUCUCCCAUCUUCAGACAAAAAAUCAGUGGGUUUAGGUAAAGAUCGGUUGGUUAAGCUAGCUUUGGAGCACAGUGGUGCACUUCUUCCAGGUUUGGAAAUCAGAUGUAAAAUUUUAUUCUUUGGGCUUAUGGUAGGGAAUUUGAGAACAGGCUUCACCAUUCAGCUCACUGCUCUCCUGUUUGAAGUGAAGAAAUGUAAAACUUGGCAUUUGGCAACUUUGAUGUUAAAGAGGGAAGGUCGGUGCAGCAUGAGCUGAAUCCAGUGCAGGAAAUGACUCUGGAUCAGAACUGUUCGCUGUAACCGACUCAUGGCUCCUCUUGUGACUGCUGUCAUCCUGCUGUAUUAUAAUACAUAGUGUAGAAUAUUUGGACUUGUACAGAAACAGCUCAGUUUGUCCUUCAGUUCGUCCUUUUGAAACUUUUCUCUGAUUGCUAAUAAAAUGCUGACAACACUCUGCUUGGACUUCGCUGUUUGCAUGUGUGACAACCUCUCAGCACCACCAAUAAAAUCACUUCCUCCA